GAAAAAUCUCUAGAGCUUUAAAUUAAAUUUAUUUUAAUUAAAUUCAUUUCAUUAAAAAAAAAAAAAAAAAAUUAAAAAAAAAAAUCAGUAUGUCCUGAGUGUAGCGGUGUCCUCGGAGUCCCAUCCCCGUUGAAUGUUAAUUAAGUUUGUUACCCGGGUGAUUAACCUGUACUGCGAAUAAAAAUAAAUUAAGGAUAAGAAAGUAAUAUUUUUAAAACUACCCAGAAACCAUGAGGUUUGCACCGAUAACAGCAAUUGUGAUUGCGAUGUGCUUAAUCGCUCUAGUCAACUCUUUUCCUGCUUCCGAAACUCGGUUUCGCUCAAAGAUGCUGGAACGAGUUAUGGUUAAGGAAAGUAACGAGGAUCCAGCCGCAAGGGGCAAAAGAACUAUUGGUAUUUUACGACAAUUUUUUCCUAGUAUAACCAAGGAGACGACUCGCGAAGCGGAGAAGCAAGUACAAGACUCAAGCGUAGCGGAGUCGAAUCACAACGAGGUGAAGGUCCAGUUCGCGGACCAGGACAAUCUGGAAGCCACUACCGACAGCGGCGAUUUGCCGCCGCUGGAGGAAAUCGAGGUCCCGGAGGACGAGAACAGGAACAAGAGGUUCCUCAGCUUUGGCUUCGGAGGUAGUGGAGCCGCGGGAGGUAGUGGAGGCGGAUCAGGAAAUUUUCUCUUUGACAUUAUUCGACAAGCAGCCGACGGGGCGGCAAGAGCGGCAGGGACGGUUUACCGCGUGGUAGCGGGCACACAAAGCCUCGGUCUAGGUCUAAGCGCAUCGCGAGAUCUAGCACCGUCCCCUACAACCGCAGCAAGUGCCGCCCCCGCAGCCCCCGCCACCCCCGCAGCCGCCCCUGCGCCCGGAACUGCCACGCAACCAUCGUUAGUCGCGGGCAGUGGAUCGGCACCAAGUGACGGAAGCUCGACAGUAAGAACUGAAGAGGAAGCGGUACCCGGACCUAUUACGAGGCUAUUCGUAAUCGCUAAUCGGGGGAUUUCCAAUCUUGUACAGGACAUUAUUCUCAGACUUGCUGCAACGAGCGAACGGAUUGUCAACUUCAAAGCACGAUUAAUCACAUCCAUCAUAUGAAAUAACGUAAUUAGCCUAACUAGACAACAAAACAACAAAACAACUAAAGAAUCGUAGGUACGACGCAGUAACGAAAAAAUAAGUAGUUGCUCUUUGUUCCUGUGAUUCAAAAAUAAAAUACAAUGGAUUUGCAGCAUCACAAUCUAUUUUAUUGUUAUUCUAUUCCGUUUUUUUUUUUUAUUUAUUCAAGUAAAUGGAAUAAUGUAGUUGAUAAAUAAUUACUGUAAACUUGUAAAUAUUUAAUUAACUAAAAGCUCGAUGUUUGUUUUUCUCUAAGUACUUAUUUGGACUGUUUUUCGUCAUAAACUCCAUGUUACUUAUUACUUAUUAUUAUUAUUAUAAAUUAUAAAUAAUGUGGAGUGCUCGUGUGAUCCAUUGCCUUGGAGAAUUUUUCUUUUGUCUCUUUUUUAGUCGGAUUAUUUCGAUUUUAAUUAAGAGUCAAAGGUUUAAUUGUUUUAAUAUUAAUGUUAGAUUUUAUUAUUAUAUAAUUGAUUAUUAUUAAUUAUAUUUGUAGUACAAUAAUGUUCAAAGAGAAUUUCAUUAUUUGGAAUUUAUUGAAAAAUUUUGGUUACUUUUUAUUUGGUUGAAUUUUAAUGUAAAUAAAUAAACUAAAAAUGAAAUUUAAUGGAUUUUAA